AUGAGUGCGACAUAUAGCGACUCCUCUCUCUCGCGCGAAGCCCAGAGUUCUGACUUUGACUUGACCAUUCGUCAGCAGCCCAAUCGGGCCCGCGUGGCGGGGGGCAAGGAGAAAGAGCGCAAACCGAUCGAUCCGCCUCCGAUUGUUCAGCUCCGGGUGCGAGAGGAGGGUACUUACCUCGCACAGCAUUACCUGCAAAGCCCGUAUUAUUUCAUGUGCUGCAGCUUGUACGAUGCCACUGAAGAUCAUCCGGUGCCUGUAGCACCUUCGACUGCUUUGGCAGGAACCCUGGUAUCGUCCCUUCACCGGCUGAAGGAUGUGGACAAUAGCGAUGGAGGGUUCUUCGUCUUUGGCGAUCUUUCAGUGAAGAUUGAGGGCGACUUUCGCCUCAAGUUCACCUUGUUCGAAAUGCGCAAAUCACAAGUUACCUAUUUGAAGACCAUCAUUUCCGAACGGUUCACAGUGUCUCCUCCAAAGAGCUUCCCAGGAAUGAUGGAGUCAACGUUCCUUUCCCGGUCCUUUGCGGACCAAGGUGUCAAAUUGCGUAUUCGCAAGGAGCCCAGGACUAUGAUGAAACGCUCGGCUCCACGACCGGAUGACUUCCACCAAAGCAUUCCUCCUCGAUCGCCGGAGCGUCAGGCUGUGCCAAUUCCUCCUACCACUGGCUAUGGUGGCUAUCCAGCGGCAGCCCGCGACUACACGUACUACGGUGCGCCUCCAGUCAAGCGUCACCGCACUUCGGUCGAUUAUGGCAGACAGGGCAUCUACGACGCAGAUGGUCGGAUGGCUCGCCAGAUGGAUGCGUACGGCCAGCCAGCAACGGCCAUCUACGCGGGUCAACCAGGAACGUAUCCCACGCAAGCCAUGCCGUCCUACGCAGGGCAGAUGUACUCCGGUAUGCAACCGUCAGCCCCAAUGGCUCAGAUGCCCGAUCCUUCCGGUCAAAGCCGAUCCAGCCAGCAGGCCGCUGUGGGACAACUGAUGGCAAUGAACCAGCCUGGCACUCCUACUCCGGAUUCGACUGGAGCGAUGAUGGCUCAGGGAUACGCCCGGACCGGAUACCCUCCCGCUAGCUCUACUAUUCUUCCUCCGUUGCAGCGCAAUCGCGACAUGGGGAAUGGAUCUCGAGGUUAUUUUGAGCAACCUCCAGAAGCGACCACCCCUAUUCUUCCUUCUCAAAUGGUCGAUCGUUUUGGCUCCGUGGCCGGCCCAGCAGCCUUUGAUCCCGACUCUGCGAAUGUAACACCUCAAUGA